CCAAUAGAAACCCCCCCAAAUCUCACAGAAACCCUUCAAAUCCUGAUAGAUCUCACUGACCCACGUCUCUCUCUUUCACUCAUUCAAUUCCUCUCGGAACCCUUUAUCACCCAAAAAACAGAUUAAAACAAAUGGGUCGGGACGACGCCAACCUCAGCGCGGCGAAGAGGUCGUUCCGGAGCGCGAAGGAGGAGGGGAACAGGCAGGAGGAGGCCCGAUGGGCCAACGUGAUCGGCGACAUCCUCAAGAACAGAGGGGAGUACGUGGAGGCGCUCAAGUGGCUUCGCAUCGACUACGACGUGUCGAUCAAGUACUUGCCGGAGAAGCAGCUCUUGCCCACCUGUCAGUCUCUCGGGGAGGUCUAUCUUCGCCUCCAGGAGUUCGAGCAAGCCCUCAUUUAUCAGAAAAAGCAUUUAGAGCUGGCCAAGGAUGCCAAUGACCUUGUUGAGCAGCAAAGGGCCAGUACCCAACUUGGUCGUACUUACCAUGAAAUGUUUUUGACAUCUGACAAUGACCACCUCUCAGUUCGGAAUGCCAAGAAAUAUUUUAAGUGUGCCAUGAAGCUUGCAGAGACUCUAAAGGAGAACCCACCAUUUAAGGAUUGCAAAUUCUUCCUCAAGGAAUAUAUUGAUGCACAUAAUAACAUAGGAAUGCUUGAAAUGGAUCUUGAUAAUUUGGAAGAGGCCCAGAAAAUCCUAACUAUAGGAUUACAGAUUUGUGGUGACGAAGAAGUAGAGGAAGACAAUGAUGCACGCAGCAGGCUCCAUCACAACCUAGGAAAUGUUUACAUGGAGCUCAGGAUGUGGGAUAAUGCUCGGGAGCACAUUGAGAAGGACAUUAUAAUUUGCAAGAGAAUUGGGCAUUGUCAAGGGGAGGCAAAGGGGUAUAUCAAUCUUGGUGAAUUGCAUUAUAAGGUUCAAAAGUAUGAGGAGGCACUUCGUUGCUACCAGAAGGCGCUUGAUCUGGCAAAAUCCAUGGAAGAUGAGGAUGCUUUGGCUAAGCAAAUUGAUCAAAAUAUUGAAACUGUAAAAGAAGCUAUUAAAGUCAUGAAUGACUUGAAAAAAGAAGAGCAGAAGCUGAAGAAGCUGACAAGAGACAUGGCCAUUGCAAAAGGAACACCACGUGAGAGGAAGUGUCUGUUGCAGCAGGAUGCAUGUCUUGAUUCCCUCAUAGAGAAAUCAAGAAUGAUUUUUGCGUGGGUGAAGCUGCGUGAAUUUGCCAAAAGGAAGAAGAGAGUUGCAACUGAACUUUGUGACAAGGAAAAGCUGAGUGAUUCAUUUCUGGCUAUUGGGGAAUCAUAUCAGAAGCUCAGAAAAUUAGACAGAAGCAUUAAAUGGUACAUGAGGAGUUGGGAAAUAUACAAGUCAAUCAGUAACUUGGAGGGGCAAGCAUUAGCAAAAAUCAACAUUGGUGAUGUUUUGGACAGUGAUGGUAAUUGGACAGGAGCACUAGAUGCAUUUGAAGAGAGCUACAGGAUUGCCAUUGAAGCUAACCUUCCUUCUGUACAGCUUUCUGCACUGGAGAAUAUGCAUUAUAGCCACAUGAUAAGAUUUGACAAUGUCGAAGAGGCCAGGAGAUUGCAGCUUUUAAUUGACCAAUUGAAGCAGUCAAAAGAUAAAGAGCUUGAAAGACAUAAUCUGGCAGAGGAUUGCUGCUCUGAAACUGACACAGAAGGGAAUGACCAUUUUUCAGAAAGUAGGUCUAAUGCACGCUGCUCACAAGACAUGAGUAAAUCGAAUUCUAGUAGAUUAAAGUCUGUAGCCGGUGUAGAAGAGUUGAACGAUGAUGUACCUCUGAUUUCACUCCUUCGGUCCAGUAAAGAUUCACCCAAAACGGAAGCAGCUCAGUUAGGAAAGCACAAUAUUUUUACUCGGCCAACCAAAGUUUCACCAAAAAGUGUGUCUAAAUCAACCAGUAAUCAGCAGACAGUUGUUGGUCGUAAACGUGUUCGUCUCAUCCUUUCUGAUGAUGAAAAUGAAAUGCCAAAUGAGGUGGUUUGCUCGAAAGUAUGGUCUGACAGAUGGCCAGUAGAGGCUGUUGCUACAUCUGAUGAAUUUAAGAGUAAAAAUAAUUCAGCCAGUCGUGAUUGUAAGUUUCAGGAGAUCUCAGCGGCUGCCUCCAAAUGUGCCACCGGGUCCUGCAAUCCCAUUGAUAUUGAAGAAAGCACAAGUUCAUACAAAUCAAGGAGUCCCAAUAUAGGCACUCAGAAUAGCAAACUAUUCAGAUCUUCAAGCAAUGAUGAGCCUAUUAUUGCGUCUGAUUUUGCUGCUAGUGGUUCUAAAUAUGAUAUUGAUGUUUCUGGGAACCUCUCGCAUGAACAUAAUGCUGUUGAUCCCAAGUUGCAUACUUCUGGUGACAAACGUGAUUGUAUUGUUUGCAAGAUUGACAAGGACCUGAUAAAUGUAGAAGCAGGCUCUAGUAGGGAUGGUGACAAGUUGAGCAUUGAGUCUGUGAAGGUUGAACUGGCAUGCCUAUACUAUUUGCAACUUCCCAGUGAAAAGAGAUCAGAGGGUCUGCUGCCAAUAAUUCAACAAAUAAAAUGUAGUGGAAGAGUUGUAGAGUCCUUCGAAACAAUUGAAACUCUUAAGGAUCAUCUGGGAAAAGUCUUGCUUGAAGCUUUCAUUGAUGGAUGGGUUCAAAAGCCUUUGAUCAAACUGUACAUUGACAGUUGCAAGGAGUUAUCUGAGGCACCUAGCAUGAAGUUGCUAAAGAAACUAUACAAUAAAAGAAUGGAGGUUUCAGACGAUGAAGUGGUUGUAUCUGAAUGUGAGUUGCAAGAUUUAUCAAUAACUCCAUUGUUGAAUGCGCUACUUGCCCACAAAACAUUUUCCAUGCUAGACCUUUCUCACAAUUUGUUAGGAAAUGGAACAAUGGAAAAACUUCAACAAGUAUUUGCAUCAGGCCAAAAUUAUGGUGGCUUGACUUUGGAUCUGCAUUGCAAUCGAUUUGGUCCAACUGCUUUGUUUCAGAUUUGUGAAUGCCCUGUGCUAUUUGCUCGACUGGAAGUGCUUAACUUAUCUGGAAACCGUCUCACUGAUGCUUGUGGAUCUUACCUUUCAGCUAUUUUGGAAAAAUGCAAGGGCCUGUGUAGCUUGAAUAUAGAACGCUGUUCUAUCACAUCUAGAACAAUUCAGAAGGUUGCUGAUGCACUUAAUGCUGGAUCUGUACUUGAACAACUUUGCAUAGGAUAUAAUGACCCUGUAUCAGGAAAUGCGAUUAUCAAUCUACUGGUCAAGCUUGCCACUUUGAAAAGAUUUUCAGAACUGAGUCUGAAUGGUUUAAAGCUAAGCAAGCCCGUUGUUGAUAGCCUAUGCCAGCUUGCUAAAACCUCAUGUUUGUCAGGACUAAUGCUUGGGGGCACUGGUAUUGGAACAGAUGGGGCAUUACAAUUAACUGAAUCAUUGUUCAAUGGAGUUCAAGACUUUGUAAAACUUGACCUAUCAUAUUGUGGACUGACAUCUAAAUACAUUCUCGGACUUAAUAGCGAUCUGGUUUAUGGCAUUCUUGAGCUGAACCUUGAAGGGAAUCCUAUUAUGCUUGAGGGUACCGAUGUAUUAUCGUCAAUGCUUAUGAACCCUCGGUGUUGCCUAAAAGUUUUGAUCCUUAAGAAGUGUCAGCUUGGACUUGCUGGAGUUCUUCAUAUAAUUCAGGCUCUAGCAGGAAACGACUCUCUUCAAGAGCUCAGCCUUGCUGAUAAUGCCUAUCUGGACAAACAUUAUAGUCUACAAUAUGACUUAACAGGAAAGGGGAGCUCAGAGUUCUUAAAGCAAGAACUCAACAUAUCUGAAUAUUCUUUGAAGGGGCAUGCAACCAAAGAAGUUGACACUGUUCCACAAGGUUUAUGUGCUUUGAACACUGACUACAAUCAGCUUGAAGUUGCUGAUAGUGAAGAUGAUCCAAUUAGAGUAGAAGCUGCUGCAUCUGGAAUUGAUGACAGUUGUGAAAGUUCAUGUCAAAAAAAAAAAUUAUCUCCAGAGUGCCAGUUUAUUCAAGAGCUUUCAACUGCUGUUCAUAUGGCAAAGAAGUUGUGCUUACUGGAUCUUAGCAAUAACGGUUUCUCGACACAAGCUGCCGAAGUGUUGUACACGGCAUGGUCGAGUUUAAGAGGUGGUUCAGCUGAGAGGCAUAUUGAGGACAAGACAAUCCAUUUAUGUUUGAAGGGAAAUAAGUGCUGUAGUGUGAAAUCCUGCUGCAAGAAUUAGGUUUUCAUUGCUGCCAGAGUUUCUUCUUUGAGGGAAUCCACAGAAGCAGUUCUUCCGGAAAUAACUGAGAAUUCUAUACUGUAUACUACUGACUACCAUGGGCUGCUUUGCUGAUAAAUGUCACAUGGGUUCAUUUGUGGAUAGUAACUAGCCAUUUUUGAGCCAUAAAUAACUUAACAUUUGGCUAUUGUUGUUUCUAUUUGAUAGUCAGACAUUAGAAUUGAAAAAAUGUACAGGUGCAUGGCAUUUAAAAUCAAAUGCAAAUGAAUUUGAAUGAAUUGAAGCA